AUGGUAAGGUUUAUUGGCUCUACACCGACACGGUACUUCACAGAGUCAAUUCGUGACUUUGUAGCACAAGUUGGCAAGACGAGAUUUCUGAUUACUGGUAGGUUGAGUGGGAGUCUCGGCAUUGAGGCUGCGAUCAUGCAUUACGGUCUAGAUGUCAGUAGUGGAAUUCCUCACAUCCACAAACAGGUUUGGACCGUGCCUAAGGGCAGUGGAAGCCCGAAGGCUUACUUUGAUCUCCCAGGCUUUUCUCUGUAUGGCGAUUUCGCCCUUGUGGUGAAAAUGGCUGACGAUUUGCACCAGUCGUGGAGACCCCCUACUAGUCGAGCUCGGUAUUGCUCAGAUAAGAUCGUUCGAAGAACCAUAAAAUGCGCCAUUGCCUUCUGUUUGUAUACAGUCGGCAUUCCAGGCAUUUACUAUGGUACAGAACAGGGAUUCGAUGGUUCCGGCGGAAGCCACAGCUAUCUUAGAGAGUCAAUGCUUGGAGGCCCUUUGGAGCAUUCGGAUCUCGAGACCGACAUUUCUUUGAUCGCUCAAACCCGAUUUACCAGGCGGUAUCGAACCUGUGUCGUUUUCGCUCUCAGAGCAAGACGCUACGACGUGGCGACCAAUAUCUGCGACAAAUUUCGGGUGAAGGCGUUGACUUUGGUUUCCAUCAUUGCCUGGUCUCGGAUUCUCGAUGACGAAGAGUUGAUCUGCGUCAUCAGCACCGAUGAUGAGGCCACACAGACGGCUUGGGUCACAAUUGACUCCACAGAUAUCUAUCUGGAAAGCCUUUCUGUCGAGUGUGUCUGCUCUUCGGAUGAAGGUCUGGAAGGCAAACGAUUUCCAAUUGAGGAUAGGAAUGGUAAGGCGGUCCGGCUUACAGCAGAUCCUGGUCACUAUGCGAUUUAUCGCAGAGUUUGA